CCGAUUGACAUAACAGAUGUUCUUCCUAUUUUUAAUUUAAGAUUUUAUAUUUUCUCUAGUAAGUGAAUUAAGAAUUAAAUAUCUGGUACUUCAUUCUUUAAUUAACCUAUGCCGGUAUAUGGAGGUAUUCUCUUUGUUGAAUAUGUUGCUCCUGAUGUAUUUUACUAUCAUGAUGUGGUUUUCUCAAAGCAGAGCUACAGUUAAAAAAAAUCCAGUUCCACCAGAAACAGAGGUUUUAUUUCGAUGUUCAUUAUCUGGGAGUGAUAUGAUGUGGAGAUGGACUCCUAAGUAUCCACGGUGUACAGGUCCUCGGGACCUAAGCAAAGACAAUAUCAUUUUUAUUGCUUCGUCAGUAGAUGGUAGGCAUGUAAAUGAAAAGAGGUUCAAGAACCGCCUAACAGUGAAAGAAUAUUCAAAUGGAACACAUGCUCUAGUACUGAGUGACUCCAUUGUGAGUGAUUCUGGAAGAUUCAUUUGUGCAAAUGUUAAAGAAGAAAAAGAAUCGUAUGACCUUGAGGUUUUACCAGGAUGCUAUAAGGGUGUUAACAUUUCAUCUAGACAAAGCUUAAAGAAACUAAGGAGUAAAGAUACAAUUCAAUUCUCUUGCACUCCUUGUGAUAAAGCAACAGAUUCAUACGAGUGGAAACUGAACAGACAAAUUCCUGAUGAUGAAGAGGGAAUAAGCUGGACAACAGCCACUCUCACAAUUAAAAAAAUGACAGAAGACACUGAAGGGAAACUGGAGUGCAUUUCAAAAAAGAAUAGUUCACUGACUUCAGAAAUCUGCUUACAAAUGGACUCAUCCACAAAUAAAGAUGACUUCAACAAGAAAACCACACCAUAUUAUCCAAUUAACAUUGAUGCAGGAGAUAUGAGAAAAAAAGAAGGAAUGUCCAAAGUAACCUUGCUGUCAGUGGUUAUCACAAUCACCGCUUUCUGCUUCAUCUGUGCUCUUUUGUUAGGAGUUUGGUUUUACAAAUGGAUAAAAUUAAAGAGGUCCAAGAAGGCGUAUGAUAAAUAUGCAGAUCCACAGCACAGAAGUGUCUCGCUUAGUCAACCAACGAGUCAAGAAGUACCUGUUCCUGAGGAAGAAGAACUUACUUAUGCUUUAUUCAACCAUUCAAGCAGCACAAAGAUCCAGCCAGUGAACGUUAUGGAGGCUGAUGCAACUGUUUACUCUGCUGUUGCCGUGAAGUCAUAAAUUCUGAUUCCACCACGCUGUGUUUAGUAAUAGUUCAAAUAUAAUGUACUUUAUAUACUUAUAUCUAUAUAUAUAUAAUAGCCACAUACUACUGACUCACUCAUCACGAA